AGUUUUCAAUUUUCACGAAGUACGCACUGAAUCAGUUCAAAUUUGAUCAGGUUUUAACGCGAAAACGUCGAUGGAGUUAAAAUUCAAUUAACCAGAAACCUUGUGUAAAAUGAAUGUGAAACUAUUGGAACUUUGUAUCGUAUUUUGCCUUCUACGAUAUGUAUCAGGGGUUGAAGAUGAAAUUGAGACAUCUUGCAAUAUAAACGUGAAGAAAGCUAUACAGUACGUUGGUGAAAAAUUCCUGAGUUUCACGAUUGAUCCGGCAGUACUUUUGGCAGGAGUCAGUUUGAGUGAAAAUUCCCUUCGUCUGGCGAAACAGCUAAGCCCAGCCUUCAUAAGGAUAGCUGGUCCGUCCACUCCUUUCGUCAAAUACUUCGACAAAGAUGACCGGCUGCCGACUUACCUGUCUGAGGACGGCAACAACGUUGUCAUCUCACCCUCCAUGUGGUUUGGCAUCAACGAGUGGUUGAAGCUCGCCAACCUAGUCCCUAUUUUCGGCCUGAACGACGCAGAUACCGCUAGAGGGGUGUGGAACCCUAAGGCGACGUUGCCGCUGCUAGAGAUCUCGGACAAGUUGAAUGUCAGUUGCUAUUGGCAGCUGGGAUAUGAUUCCUCGAAUAAAAGUGAAACAAGGUAUAUGCAAGAUCUGAACAUCCUCGACUACGUAUUGGCCGCAUUUCCUGAGAGAAAUGAAACGUGGAAAAUCGUUGGCAGUGAUAUCAGCCAUAUUUCGCGGGAAAAACCUGAAAAUACAUUGGAAGAAGUGAAGGAUAUCGUCACAGCAGUCAUGUGGGAACCGUCUGGUGUCAAGGACGAUUCCUUUCCUGAAAACGAUAUGGCCUCCAAGCUUCUCCAGAGGUCGCCCAGACCGAACGUCAAAUUGUGGACCACGGCCCCUAAAUCCGAAGGACCCGUGACAUUUUCUUCGGCUUUGCUAUGGGCAAAACAACUGGGAAACGCAGCCAAAACAGGAUACGAUGUCGUGUUCAGACAACCCAGAAUUCACGAAUUGUUUUCUGAUACACCGGCAUACUGGUUUUCACUUCUCCACAAAAAACUCAUGGGAAGCAAUGUGCUCGAAGCUAGAGCAACUACCAGUCACGCUGGAACCAACAUUUACGCUCACUGCACCAGAAAACAAAAUAGUUUUGUGAGAAGAGGAGCUAUGACAGUGAUGAUUGUCAACGACAACAGCAGCAAAUACAAGGUGAAAGUGAAGCUAGGAACGACACUGCCUGAGAAGUCGAUGGAAGUUCAAACGUAUCUGUUAACGUCAUCAGGAUUGAAUUCUACUGUGGUUUCCUUGAAUGGACGAUUACUCACCCAAGAUAUUCUUCAGAACAAAUUCCCAUUCGAACCCAAAAUACGCAGAUCCAAAUCUUCGUCCCACAUUUUGUUGGCAGUACCACCACAUUCUAUAGGCUUCUUCGUACUACCUGGUGCCCGAGUACCAGUAUGCAUAGAAGAAGAAAAAGAGCUGGAACUCCUUCUGGAGGAAAUGGAAAUGAACCAAAAUAUGCCAUUGUCUGAAGAGAUUCUCAACUUGGAAUCAAGAUCUUCUUUCGGAAAAAACCAGAUAUUAGAAGAAUUAGCGCAGAAGAUGAAACAAGAGAUGAAAUCAGAUCAGCAGUAUUACAGUACUAUACCGUUGAUAUCAAGAAUCGAAAACAUCAAAGAAAAAGAGGAUGUCGAACCGGGAAAAAUUGAUGACAGAGGAAGGAGAUUGUUCAUUGAUAGAGUGAAACUUGCAGAGCGACAAAAGAAACAUUUGGAUUUCCAGAAAAAACGGGAUGAAUUGAGAAAAUUCCUUCUCGACAAAGCGAAAACUACAAAGCAAGAACCUAAAAUUGAAACCAAAGCCAAACAUAUUGAGCUCACAAGUGCUGAAGCUGAAAAAAUAUUGAAGGACAGAGCAAAACAAAGAGCUGCGAGAAGAAAUGUAGUGUUUACAGACGAAGAACUGGAUGCCCUCAUUCAAAAAGCCAGUCGAAAUUUCUACAAGAAAAAAGUCAAAAGGUCCGUCCAGCCAAAACAAAGAAGACAUAUCAACAUGCAGCUGUUAGAACGUACAAUGCAUUCUGACCCUAUUUCUGAGAAAGAAUCGCUCAAUAUGGAAAACAAUAACUCUGUUCGAAAACAGAGAGACAUCAAUUCGAGAACAGCUGAUUUAAAAUCCAAAUUGGCCGAACAUAGCCAGAGAUUUGAUGAUGAGGAGAAACAGGAAAGGGAAAAUGAUAGAUUCGAAAGGAGUGUGGAUAUGGACUCGAAACUGUCUCAAUAUAAAAUGAAGUUAGCUGAACGAAGUCGAAAGUGGGACGACAUGAAGGAUGAACUUCUUGGAAAUACCCAGGCAAUGAGGGAGAAUAUCAAAGAAAAACUACAAGACUUGAAAAGCAGAAGGAGAUAUUCAAGGGAUUUGAGAAGGGCCCCAACAAUGGCCAAAUAUAAAAUGAAGUUGGCAGAACGUAGCAGAAAAUGGGAUGAAAAGAGAGAUGAACGACUCGAGAAUUCAGAAACAAGGAGAGAAAACAUCAAGGAAAAACUGAGAACACUAAGAAAUGAAAAAAGAUUCAGGAGGGAUUUGAAAAUGGAUACGAGAAUGGCUCAAUACGAAAUGAAAUUAGCAGAAACCAAGAGAAAAUGGGAGGAAAAGAAACAAGAGAUACUAGGGAACACAGAAACUAUGAGGAAGAACAUAGAGGAAAAAUUGGAAGAGUUGAAGAACAAAAAAAGGUUCACUAGAGAUUUGAAAUUUGAUUCAAAAAUAUCCCAAUACAGAACAAAAUUAGCUGAACGCAGCAAGAAAUGGGAUGAAGGAAAAGAUAAGCUUCUAAGGAAUACAGAAACGACGAAAGAGAGCUUGAAGGAAAAAUUGAGAGGAAUGAAAAACAGUAGAAGAUCCAAAAGGGACAUAAACAUGGAUUUGCUAGACACUAAUACUAGGGGACAGAAAAAAGGCGAAAAACAGAAAUUAACAAAAGGCACCAUCAACAGUAAAAAAUUGAAAGACGCCGAAGCAACCAUUAGACAACCAGGACAAACAAGUUCAGAAUUGGUCGAAGAUAGUUUGGAAAUGGGAGACAAAUCUGAAGAACUGAAACCUGCAAAGAAAGAAGUAUACGCAGAAUUAGCAGACUCAGAUGAACUUGAGGAAGACGAUUUUCUCCACACCACGCCAAAGUCAAAAAAGUUUGAUAUUUUCAAGAAAAAAUCCAAAUUGGACCCGUUUGCAGUGGUUCACCCGACUAUUGACAUCGUAGAGCCAGUGUACAAGAAAACGAAAAAAAGUAAAUCCAAAUCAGAAGAUGAACUGCAAUUUUUGAGUUCCUCAGAAGAAUUUACUGACAUUGAGGACGACAUGCCUUGUAUUCAUGAAUACUUUGGUCCAGACUCUUCAUUUGAAGACAAGAAGACUAAGAAACUGAUGCGUGAACUAGGGGAAAUCUUUGAGGAUGAAAAAUUGAGGAAGAAAAAGUCAAAGAAGGAGAAAAAGGUAUCAGAUGAAGAUUUGAGAAGGAGAAAAAGAGAUUUGGGCGAGGAAAACUAUGAUGAAUUCAGAGAAACGGACGGUGGUUUGAGAAACACGAACAUUAAAUUGAAGGGAAUUCAAGACUCUACGGUACACAUCGAGACCUCUAGUGAGGUGGAAGACUUGUUAAGCCACGAAAAACCGAUAGAUUAUCUCAGUCUUCCGGAGAAUUCGAAUCAUUCUGUGAAUGAUCGAAAUUCAGUAUUAUCCGAUGAAGAUUUUGAUGACCAGUCGAUGACCUCAAAUUCUGAAAUUACUGAAGGACACCCAACAUCUGACAAUUCACAAAAAGUUCAAUCCAACAAUCCUAUUUCACAAGAAGACUAUCUACCAGAAGAAAUUCGUGUGAAACGUUUAGAUAAAAAGCCUACCUCACUUGGAUCCUUGGACAUCGAAGAUGACUUCCAAAAUUAUAGAAAAGAGAUGAAGAAACACUUGAAAGAUCUCAAAAACAUUUUGGAGGAUGACAAACUUAAAUUCGAAGAAAAGAAACAGAAGAACAAACUGAAGCUACUGCAACUGAAGAAAAAACAAGAACUAGAACUGGCAAAUGAAGCUGAUGAUAAGCUCACCCAAAUCCACAAUGAAGAACAUGAGCAAGGAAAUCAAUUAUUAGAGCAACUGAAAAAUCUCAAAAAGGAAUUACAACUCAGAAAAGAUAAGAUAGAUCAGGUACUCAGGAAAGAUUCGGAAGGAUUAGGGCUCAAGAGUCCAAAGUGGAAUGAAAUCAAGUUUAAUGCGAAGAAAACGAUAAACGAUUUGAGCGAUGGUUUGGAAAAAAAGCUGGAGAAAUUACAUCCGAAAGAUUUAUCAUCUAGAAUCAAAGCAGCUCAUCAGGAGACCAAACAACCACCGAUAGAAUCGACAACAACUAUCGAGAUUGCGACUAUCAAACCAACAGUAAUAGUUCAGAAAAGAUCGAUAUUUGACACCAGAAGAAAUGUUUUCGAUACUUACCAACCAAUGAGUUUGGACUUGCGAAUGUGGAAACCUUCUGAUGUCUUGACCUUACAAAAAGAUUUGAAUCCGCUCGGCAUAAAAAAUCUUAGUCCUCCAGAUGACUUACAUAUCUUCCAGAAUCUUCUUGGACAAAACAAAUUAUUUAGGAAGAGGAGGAGUAUAGAUCUGGAUGAAAUUGAUGAUAUUGACAACGACAUUGAUAACGACAUUUCCAAUGAUAUUGAUGAUAGUCUUAACGAAAUAAAGAAGGACAGCGAUUACCUACCAGAUGAAAAAAAAUCUAUCACUGAGGAGGAUUACAAAUUUGUGCUUCCCAACAAAGACAAGUUUGAAAUAAUAGAGAAGAAUGGUGACACUGAGAUAAAGUUUGAUCAUCAUGAAACACUGAGGACAAAAAAUCCAAAAGCCAGUUUCGAAAUGACUGAUCCUUUAUCGAACUUCUUCAGAGAUGAUUCAAUUUCAGGUGAUGAAAAAGCUGAUUCUGAAGAAGAUAAACACAAUGAAUAUCACUCAAGAACCAAUUUUUUCUCUGAAGUAGAAAAUGAAAAUACGACAGGAAGAGUUGACGAUGAGGCAGUUCAUCAAAAAACACCCAGGAGUGUUGACAAUAUUCAGAAGAUUGCAAACAAAGAGGAGGCAAAAAUUUUUGAAAAUUUCAUUAAUAAUUUUACUGGGUAUUUGUCGACGAUAGGGAAUCACUUGAAAUCAUACAUGAAAUAUAUGACUAAUAAUAAUUGAAUUGUUUGAUUUUAUGAAAACUCGAAAGUGAGUGCAUAUUAGAAUGGAAAUUUUUAUUAUCUUAUUAGGAAUUGUAUAUAGAAUUGUUUUGUAAUGUUUUUUGUACUAUUUGGGAUAUUUAUAUGAUUAAAUGCAAUUUAAAAUAUUU